AUGAGCUCGCCCGUGCGCAUCCUCGCCCUGUGCGGCUACUCCCAGAACGCGAUCACGUUCGCGACCUCGCUGCGCGGCGCGCUCCUGCAGUCGCCGUCCUUCGACGCCGCCGCGGCCUGGAAGCCGCUCUCGGGCUCGUUCCAGAAGUUCCAGCUUCCCCCCUCGGCAUCGGAGCAGGGCGAGCGCCUCGGUACCGUCGUCAGCCAGUCUAAGGACGGGCGCGCCGAGUUCACGUUCCUUGACCCGCCUAUCGUGCUUGGUCGCGAGCACCUCGCCCCCGUCCACGUCAAGGAGUAUGAGAAGAACCUGAAGGAGGCGAGUGACAAGCACCACGUCACCCCGAGGGCUUGGUGGCUCGCGCCCGACCGGGAUACCUACGCUGAGUACGACAACUCGGUCAAGUACAUCUCCGACUUCCUGCAGACGCAGGAGCGACCCUUCGACGGCGUGAUCGGUUUCUCGCAGGGCGCGGCGAUGACGGCGGCCCUGACCGCGCUGCUGGAGAAGGACGGGCUCUCGCCGCAGUUCACGCGCGGCUCGGCCACGCCGCUCAAGUUCGCGAUCGCGGUCGGCGGCUUCAAGCCGCGUUCCAAGACGCCCGACUUCAGCGCCUACUUCCCCGUCAACACGCCCGUGCUCCACGUCGUCGGCGCGCAGGACCCCGUCGUGUCCGCCAAGGCGAGCAAGCAGCUGCAGGACGCUACGCCUACUUCGCGCGCCGUCGGACACGAUGGCGGUCACUGGACCCCGGGCAACAGCCAGUGGCAGAAGUUCUUCUCCGACUUUAUCGCUUCCAUGGGCAAGGGAGGCAAGCUUGGCGACACGGCUGCUCCAGGCGAGGAGUCGGCUCGCCUUUAG